GAAAAGGAAGGGAAGGGAACGGAAGUGACGUCACACGUCACGCCCCACGCCGUGCGUCACCAAGAUGGCGGCGCAGACUGAGGUGGCGGCGAUGGAGGCGCCGCUGGAGGCGGAGCUGGAGGCGGAGCUGGACCUGGAAGGGGCGGAGCUGGAGGAAGUGGAUGUGCACAUCCAGGAAAACCUGGAGGACGCGCUGGUGCAGGAGGCGCUGCAGACCGGCGUGGAUCUGCGCCAGUAUUCCCGGCAGGUGGAGCUGGAGCUGCAGGAGGUGGAGAGGGCAUCGAUCCAGGAUUACAUCCGGGAGAGCGAGAACAUCGCCGAGCUGCACAACCAGAUCAGCGCCUGCGACGCCAUCCUGGAGCGCAUGGAGCAGAUGCUGGGCUCGUUCCAGAGCUCGCUGAGCUCGCUGAGCUGGGAGAUCCGAGCGCUGCAGGGCCAGGCCGGGGCCAUGAACCUGCGGCUGCAGAACAGGAGGAGGGUCAGGGCCAGCCUGGGGGGGCUGCUGGACGAGCUGGUGGUGCCCCAGGACAUGAUCAGCGUGAUCCUGGAGUCCCCGGUGACGUCCCCGGAGUUCCUGGCGCGGCUGCGGGAGCUCAACGCCAAGAUCGAGGCGGUGAAGGCUCAGGCGUUCCGGGACACGCUGGCCUGUGACGACGUGCAGCACGUGCUGGACCGCCUGCGCAUCAAGGCCGUGACCAAGAUCCGCGAGUUUGUGCUGCAGAAAAUUUUCUCCUUCCGGAAGCCGAUGACGAAUUAUCAGAUCCCGCAGAACUCCCUGCUCAAGUACAAGUUUUUUUACGAGUUCCUGCUGGGGAACGAGCGCGCGGCGGCGCAGGAGCUGCGGGAUCAGUACGUGGACACCAUGAGCAGGAUCCACUUCUCCUACUUCAAAUCCUACAUUGGCAGGCUCAUGAAAAUCCAGUACGAGGAGGUGGCUGAGAAGGACGACCUGAUGGGAGUGGAGGACACGGCCAGGAAAGGGUUCUUCUCGAAGCCGUCGCUGCGCAGCCGCAACACCGUGUUCACCCUGGGCAACCGCGGCGCCGUCAUCAGCCCUGCCGAGCUCGAGGCGCCAAUCAUCGUCCCCCACGCCGCCCAGAGAGGGGACCAGAGGUACCCUUUUGAGUCCCUGUUCAGGAGCCAGCACUACGCCCUGCUGGACACGAGCUGCCGCGAGUUUUCCUUCCUCACCGAAUUCUUCCUGGUGGCCGGAGCAGCUGCCCAGGAAUUGUUCAAUGCUGUCAUGGGCAAAACUUUAAACAUGUUCCAGAAGCACAUGGAGAGCUACGUGUCCGACUGCUACGACGCCAUCGCCGUCUUCCUCUGCAUCCACCUGGUGCUGAGAUUCCGCGCCCUCAUGGCCAAGAGGAACGUCCCGGCUGUGGAUGGCUACUGGGGGUCUCUGCUGGAGCUGCUGUGGCCGCGCUUCGAGCUGAUCCUGGAGCUUCACAUCCAGAGCGUGCAGAGCACGGACCCGCAGCGCCUGGGGGGGCUGGACACGCGACCACACUACAUCACGCGCCGUUACGCCGAGUUCUCCUCGGCCAUCGUCAGCAUCAACCAAACCCUGCCCAGCGAGAGGAGCGACGCCCUGCUGGCCAGGCUGCAGCUGGAAGUCGAGAACCUCGUCCUUCGCGCGGCCGCCGAGUUCCCGUCGCGCCGGGAGCAGCUCGUCUUCCUCAUCAACAACUACGACAUGAUGCUGGGGGUGCUCAUGGAGCGAGCUGUGGAGGAGAGCAAAGAGGUCGAAGCGUUCCAGCAGCUGCUGUCGGCGCGCACCCAGGAGUUCGUGGAGGAGCUGCUGGCGCCGCCCUUCGGGGGCCUGGUGGGGUUCGUGCGCGAGGCCGAGGCGCUGCUGGAGAGAGGGGAGGGCGAGAAACUGCGGGGACACGAGGCGCGGGUGACGCAGCUGAUCCGCGGGUUCUCGGGGAGCUGGAAGGGCGCGGUGGAGGCGCUGAGCCAGGACGUGAUGAGAUCCUUCAGCAACUUCCGCAUCGGCACCGGCAUCAUCCAGGCGGCGCUGACUCAGCUGAUCCAGGUCUACCAUCGCUUCCAGAAGGUUCUGGAGCAGCCCCCGCUGCGGGCGCUGCCGGCGCGCGCCGACCUCAUCAACAUCCACCACCUGAUGGUGGAGCUCAAAAAGCACAAACCCAACUUCUAGCCAGCCCCAAAAUCCUGGGAAUUAACCUAAAAAAAAUCCUGGGAAUUAACCCCAAAAAAAUCCCAAAAAUUCACCC